AGAGAAAAAUGGUCAUUUAUGGUUUUAUCUUCAGUGUCCAAUCACACAAUCAACGAGCCAACAAUGUUUACCUGUAAUUCUGGGAGUAAAAACUCCACCUGUUUCAAACUCAGCAUUACUUACUGCUUAUAUUUAUUUCUUGCAUUUCUACUUGCAACUUUUCCAUUACUUUUCUUGGAGAGAGAAAGUUCAAACCAAUUGGCCAAAACACAGUUAUGGCAGAAAACGAGUUGAGAGAAUCAGAAAUGGUGUUACCCAGUAAUGGAAAACCCUCACUUACAUCUUCAAAACAAUCACAAACCCUCUUCAACCCUCCUCCGAAUCCUGAUUCCACAAAGCCCAUUUCCCCAGUUCUUAAAUCUCUUUCCUCGAGAGUUCACUUUUAUGGCUGGAGGUACCCUCUAAAGAACUGGAAUUCCUGGGUUGAGAAAUUGCGACCGUCGUUUGAAUCGACGUGGAAAAAAGCUUCAAUUUUUGAAGCUAUCAUGGCUUCUACACUUGAAAUCCCGAAAUGCAGAGAGUCUAUCUUUGCACUUACUCAGAAAUGGUGCCCAGAAAACUCCUCGUUCGUGAUGCCAUGGGGUGAAGUUACCAUCACCUUAGAGGAUGUAUUGAUUUUGGGGGGGUUUUCUGUAACAGGGGACUCUGUUUUAAGUCAAAUUUGUUCGAAGGAAUUGCUCGAAAUCGAGAACAGUUUGCUCGCGGGAUGGUCGGAGUUGACUGGGAAAGCUAGGAACUGGAAGGCGAGUGAGCAACAAUGGAUGGAUAAUUGGAUGGGAACAAGGCAAGAGUUCGAGCACCAAGCGUUUUUAUCUUUCUGGUUGUCUAGGUAUGUUCUGCCUCUUGAUGAUUGUACUAUAAACAAGAGUGUUUUUCAUAUUGCUGUGCUUUUAUCUAGAGGUAAAAGGAUAGCACUUGCACCUGCUGUUCUUGCCACUAUAUAUAGAAAUCUGAGGUUGUUGAAAGAACAAAUUGAGAAUUUUAAUCAAGUUGAUGGAAAUCUGUUGAAACUUAAGAUAUGGGCACCCUUUCAAUUGUUGCAAGCUUGGUUUUGGGAAAGAUUCCCUAAAUUCAGCCCGAAAUGCAAUCCUGAUGCUAGAGGUUUUUGUAGGUUAGAAAGAUGGCAUAAAGUGAAAGUUUUGAGAAAUGAGGAAGUGGGUUUGUUCACUGAUGUUGCUAGUGAUGAUUUCCGAUGGAGACCUUACUCGAACCGUCUGAAUAAUUGGUCAAUUGAUCAUGACUUUGAGUCAUGCAUAAGGGUCAGUCAGCUGGUUGGAUUGGAUUAUAUUGAGCUAUAUUUUCCUAAUCGAGUAGCAUUGCAAUUCGGGCUUGACCAAGAAAGGAUGAGAAGUAAAGUAGUACUGAAUAAUGAAGUUGAUGUCCCUCCUGGUUUUAGUCCAAAGGGGAAAAGAGUGGCCUCUGAUGGUCAGUAUAAACCUAACUCUAAAAGGUCCAGGCAAUCUCCUGCAUUAACAGUUGAAGACGAUGAUUCUGAUGAUGAUCACCGAACAUUGGCAGAAGUGUUUGGGUUGACGGGUACUAAAAGAGAAAUUAGAAAUGGUAAAUUCCCUAUGAUGCAUCAACAGAGCCCUAUAUGUUUCGCAGGGGAUAACAGCAAGGGGACCCCUAUCAAUAUCGAUAUUGGUGAUAAGAACAUUACCUGUACAGGAACAAGUGUUAGCAACAAGCAUCUAGAAGGUAACAAAGAUGGAGGUGAGGAGAAAUCAAAAAAGAACAACUUGGAGAAUGUAGCUGAUGAUGAUGCACAAGAAAAAACUGCUGAAUGUGUCAACAUAAAAUCAGGUAAUGGUUUACUUGGUGAUCCUAUGAUCAUCAAUGACGAUAGUGAUGAUAAUGGAGGUGAUGAUGUUAAGGCUUUUGAAGCUCUAGUUUCUGAGGCUGAAGCUAGGCUUAGUAAGCUUAAGAAAAAGAUUUUUAGGAUGCAAUCAACCAUUGAUGUGCUGGUUUUUGGUUUGUAAGUUUACAUAUUAAUAUUAUCUUUAUAGUUGUGUUGGAAUAUGAAAAACGUAAAAGCAUUGUGAAAAGCCCAUAUAACUUAAUUUGUCUGGGUAAUUUUGCCAUCUUUUCACCCUGUUAUUACUGUAUUUGUUUCUCGAAUAGUCGAAUGAGUAGCAAUCAAACUGGGCUAAAUCCCAUUUGAAAUGAUCACCAGCUGAUUAUUUCAUACUACGUAUGUAUUAAGAUGAUUGCCUAACUCAAAUGUUGGACUAGUUUCAGGUAACAACGAAGUAAGUAAUAUGUUAUAGUAUGUGUGUGUCAUUUUUUGUUCUAUACUGACUACUUCAUAACCACGAGAAGACACCACCCGGCCUGGCGGCCUCACAUCAUAUCAUCACCUAUUUGUUGGUUGUGGCGUCCGGCUAGGGAAUCA